AUUUAGUAUCGAGAAAAAUGUCAACUUUAUAAAUUUUGCGAUUAUUCCGUAAUGAAAAAUAAUAUUGCGUCGUUUAAUGUUCCAAUAAAAAAAUGGCUAAAUAUAUUGCGCAAAUAAUCGUUCUCGGUGCUCAGGUUGUUGGCAAAGCGUUUGCACGAGCUUUAAAGCAGGAAAUUGCUGCAUCGCAAGAAGCAGCUAAAAGAGCUGGUGGUGGACCUCAGGGAGCCAGGCGAGCUGCUGCAAAUGCAUCUACAGGUCUCACUUUAGAAGAAGCUAUGCAAAUUCUUAACAUAGAGAAAUUAGAUCCAGAAAAGAUCAAGAAUAACUAUGAACACUUAUUCAAUGUGAAUGACAAGUCUAAAGGAGGUUCAUUUUAUUUACAAUCAAAAAUUGUUCGAGCUAAAGAGAGAAUAGAUACAGAAUUUAAGGAUAAACAAACCCAAGAUAGCCAAAGUCAAGCAAAUCCAUCAUGAACUCAUCAACAUAGAACUGUGAUUGGAUAGUUAUAAUUUUGAAAGUUGUAUAUUUUGUAGUUUUCUGUUGAGUAAAACGAAUUUGUUUUAUAAAAUAUUUUAUUUGUAGAAAAUGGACACAAUAGUGACUAGAAUACAUCAGUCUUCAUACAUAUAUUAUGUUGGUUAUGUGUAUUACAAAAUUUUGACAUACUAGAUAGCCAUACUUAGACGCGUAAGCAUGUUAUAGAUCAAUAAAUUUUGCUAAGCAAUCAA